GCGCCGCUCCUGGCCCCGACCCGGCGGAGAGGGCAACUUGCCUAACUUGGCGAGCUGCGCGGCGAGGCGCGCGGGGGCGAAGUCAGGAGGGCCCCGCGCGGAAGGCGAGGCAACUCGCGACGCUCCCCCGGCACCUCUGGGGAGGCGCCCGCGCUCCGGCCUCCUGCGUUUUUGAAUCCGAACUUUGGGGAGGGGUCGUCGUGACCGCUCUUUCGCCUACCGCUUUCGGCUGGCGCGCCGCGGAGGCCCCCUUAAUUAUUAGCCAUAUUCAGCCUGAAGUGACCUCGCUUUAACUUUAACUCCGUGCCCCCUCUCCGCAGCCGGGCCCCGCGGCCGGCCGCCGCCUCUCCACGGCCGGAUUCUCCUCCCGCGUCGCUUGCGCAGCGCCGGGGUUGCAAGACGAGCGCUCCGGCAGCCCCCAACGGCACCCUCGCCGCCGUCUCGGGCGUACGGGAAGGGACCACCGCUUCCUCUCUCCCCGCAGCCCGAGGCGCUAUGGCCAUGGUGGCCGGCGGGUGGGGAGACCCGAACGGCGACACCAAUGGGGUGGAGAAGGGCUACCCCCGGAGCUCCGAGGACGACUCGGCGUCCCCCCAAGGCGGCGCCAGCGACCCUGAGCACGGCGACGAGGACAAGCCGGGCAUCCAGGUGGACUGCGUGGUGUGUGGCGACAAGUCCAGCGGGAAGCACUACGGCGUCUUUACCUGCGAGGGCUGCAAGAGCUUCUUCAAGCGCAGCAUCCGGAGGAACCUCAGUUACACCUGCAGGUCGAACCGGGACUGCCAAAUUGACCAGCACCAUCGCAAUCAAUGCCAAUACUGUCGCUUGAAGAAGUGCUUUUGUGUUGGGAUGAGGAAAGAAGGUCUCUGCUGGCCACCUCUGGGGAGUCCUCCGAAGAACCGAGGGGCUGCAUCAUGCACAGGGGCGGAGAGCACAGUGCUUGCGGCUGCUGCUGUCCAGAGGGGUCGAAUCCCGCCCACCCACGCAAGCGCCAGCCCCAAUGCCGCCCCUGGCGGGGAAUACUACAACGGGCAGCCAGUCUCAGAACUGAUCUCCCAGCUCCUCCGGGCUGAGCCGUACCCCGCCGCCCGCUUCAGCUCGCAGUACGCCCAGCAGGGCAGCGUGAUGGGCAUCGACAACAUCUGCGAGCUGGCGGCCCGCCUGCUCUUCAGCACGGUGGAGUGGGCCCGCAGCAUCCCCUUCUUCCCCGACCUGCCCGUCUCGGACCAGGUGGCCCUGCUGCGCCUCAGCUGGAGCGAGCUCUUCGUCCUCAACGCCGCCCAGUCCGCGCUGCCCCUGCACAUGGCUCCGCUGCUGGCGGCCGCCGGCUUCCACGCCGCCCCCAUGUCUGCCGACCGGGUGGUCUCCUUCAUGGACCAGAUCCGCAUCUUCCAGGACCAGGUGGAGAAGCUCAAUCGGCUGCAGGUGGACUCUGCGGAAUACAGCUGCCUCAAAGCCGUUGCACUCUUCACGCCAGAUGCCUGCGGCCUCUCGGACCCUGCCCACGUGGAGAGCCUGCAGGAGAAGGCGCAGGUGGCGCUGACAGAGUACGUCCGCUCGCAGUACCCCUCCCAGCCGCAGCGCUUUGGCAGACUGUUGCUCCGCCUGCCGGCUCUUCGGGCCGUCCCAGCUGCGCUCAUCUCCCAGCUCUUCUUCAUGCGGCUGGUGGGCAAGACGCCCAUCGAGACGCUCAUCAGGGACAUGCUGCUCUCCGGAAGCACCUUCAACUGGCCGUAUGGAUCCGGGCCAUGAGGAGGACUCCUUCCAGGGCUGUGUUUCGCAGCGGCCACACCGACAGCCCGGAUGUUGCGCUUCCCACACUGAACUCGUGCAAUGUUUGAUUUUAUGCCCCUCAACCCUGGGGGUGGCAGGCAAGAAACCCAAGCAGAUGCCCCCUCUGCAGCGAGAAGAGAUGUCCCCUCAGCGCUGAAUGAUGGACUAGAUGUGGGAAGGGUUCGGUUUGGGCAUCUCCCCCUCCUCUCUCCAGCAGGCAGAGGAGAAGGAAACAUCACCUCAAGUUCCUCUGUUGUCUCGUCCCAGUUCAAAUGCCUUCUUCACACCACAUUUCGCAGGUCAGUGGAGGCCUCUGGGGGUUCCUGGAGGGCUUCUCUGCCUCCAGUCCCAACAUUCCUGCACAGGAGAUGCUUCUGCACCUCGGCCUGCUGCCAGAGCUAUCUCCUGGCUGCCCAAAGCAAAACCACACUGUGGAGCCCUUUCCAGAUCAGAGGGCCCAGCAACAUGCUUCCAGCUCCAGCCAGAUCUUCUCUCCUGCCUCACUUUUUUCUCUUGAACCCUGCGAAGGAGCUGUUGCGAGCCUCCCUACUUUGUGGCCGCAGAGAUGUUCUGACAUGCUUUUAAACUGGGGCACUCUUUUACUUUUACACAUGGAGAUGGAGUUAAAUCCUAACUCAGGGUGGAGAGGAGAGGAGAGGUUUUAGAGCUCUUGCCAAGCUCAAACUGUCAGCCCUUCAAAAUUGUUAGGGAUGCUGGAGAAAGUUGGUUUUGCCCACUUCCUCCUGCAGCGCUCCAAAUGCACAGGAAUGCAUCGCUUCCAAAUGUCAGAACUUGCUGGCCUUCUUCUCCUUCCUGAUUCCCAGCUCGACUGGCACAUGUUUCCUCUGCAGAAUGAAUCGGCCCUGCUCUGGCCUGUGGAGGAACUUUGCACCAGUUUUACCCACAGCAAGCGGAGAGCAGGAAUUGGACUUGAGAUGAGCAGACGGGAUGCUCAGGAUACCCUGGCAGUUCUUGUCCACUGCCCGACCUGGGCCAUAUGUUGGGAAAAGGUGCUUUUUCCUUGGAAAGGGGCCUGCAUGCACCCGCUCUGGUGUGCCAAGAACGAAGACUGGGCUGCUGAGGCCAGACGGGUACUGGUCUACUUUGGUAGAAGGCAGCAUCCACUGCUCACCCACCAAACCUUCCAGUGGUGCUUUUUGACCUUUUGGGAUUAACCUUAACUCUGCACCAGCUGUAAUUUCUGUGUGCGUAUCAGGAUUCUUCUCUCCCUCUAUUUUCUCCAACUGCAUCAAACACCCGCACAGCCCAGGCUGCCGUAGGCUGGGUCCAUAUCAGCUGGCCAUUCCCCCAUGUUUGUGAAGAUGCUAUGCAAAAUUACUAAGUGCAUGCAAUGGAAAUAUACCCACAAAUCAAUGGUGACCUCCUUGCUCUUGGGUGUCCAUCACUGGUUGGGCAGUUUGACUAAAACCUGCUGCUGCUUUCCCAUUUGUGGUUGUGCUUCUUUUCUUCCUGGUUCUCGGACUGCUUUGCAAUAUCAUUCUGCCUGCUUGUGUCUGCACAUGCUUGUGUAUCUUAGGGUCCUUUCAAAGACCCCAUGUUGGGAAGUCCACUGUUGAACUCAUUUUGAAGACAGGACAAGUGAGGCCAAGAGGUUGACUUGCCUAAAGUCUCCCUUACAUGCCCAGGAGAGCAGUGAGAUUCAAACUCAGGUCCCUCAGGUCCAAAGUACUGGUUGUAAUCUAUGCAAACUUCCCACCCCUCAAAAUUCUGCACCAAGGAAAGUCAAAUUUCUGUGCUUGGAAUAAAAAGAUGCUCCUUUUGUUUUGUUUAGUAUCAAAUGUACAUGAUGAUGGUGGUGGUGGUGGUGAUUCUAACCUGGUUGUACAGUAUGGUUGCAGAAUAAGCCGUCACAUUGUAUAAAGGAAAUUAAAGGGUGCUUUGCUCGGUCUUUCCAGAGCCUUCAGGAAGGCAGCUUUUCUUCUCAGCCAGUCCUCCAAACACCAACAGAGGAGCAUACCAAGCACCAGCUCACUUCUUUCUGUAACCCAGCAAACUUCUGGCUUUCAGAGAGAGACUGUCAGAACCUGGAAGAUCUGUUUUGCUUCCAUGGUAAAUGGCUGUUGGUAGACAUUCUCUUCUCCCAUCACAUCCUUUCUAAAGUCCUCUCUGGAAGGCUUGGGGAGCCCCUGCUUUUCCUACAAAGGAAUUCAUCCCCCAGUAUCUCCAGAGAGGUUUUGGACACACCUCGUCCAGGGAUGGGAAACUUGAGACUCUGCAGAUGUUUUGGAUGGCAGUCUCCAUCAGCCACAGCUAUAACAACACUGGAGGAGGCAAAUCAACAUCUCAAAGGCCAGUGUGUAGACCAGAGUAGAGGGCAGGUUCCUUUUUCUUGUUAAAUGAGCCCUUUAUUCUCUAUCAUGAGGACUGGAAACUUACUUAGUUUUUAGAAAAGGGCCUUAGCUCUGAGACAGAGGUCCUGCUUUUGUUCUGUAUUUGAUCCCUGGCCUGUUCAGUGAAGGUUGGGAGAAACCUUGCCUCCUGAAAUCUCGGAGGGCUGCCGCCUGCCAGGGAGAUGGCCCUGAGCUAGAUGGACUGAUGGUGUGACCCCAUGUAAUGCAGCUUCAUGCAUUCCUGCACUAAUGAUAAUUUCCUUUGCCAUCCUCAUCGCACCAUCCUUUUGCACCUAUAAAAAAUGUAGCAUCUUCUCGGGGCAUUUGCCUCUGCUUUUUCUGUGCCUUCUCUUUAUUCCUGCGGGUGCACCUCCAUGGCAGCUGACUCAGCAGUCCCCUGGGUUCUGCUUGCUACCUGCUCGUGCCUGGUGUCCAGCACGGGCACGUGCUGUUUGGGCUGGAGGAUGCAAAGAGCGAGGCACAAGCUGGGGCCCAGGGCAGGUCCACAGGCAGUUUGCUGGUGAGCACAGAGCGGCCAUUUCUGGCCAUGGGCUCCAGAACUGGCACCCCGAGAUUGUGGACUGCUGGCCCUGGAAGUCUAGCAGCCAGGAGGGCAUCAGCUGUUGGCUGACAGCUCGAAGUUGCUGCUGCAUCUUGUGGCUGAGUGUUGCCUGUGCUAAGCCCGCCUUUGGAUGCCUGGAUGCCUUCCUGAGCACCGCAGGGAAUGGGGGAGGCUGCCCGAGAUGGAUCUUGCUUUGAUCUGGAGCAGCUGCUCGGUGCCAAACCAGGCUCCAGGCGUGAAGUCCCGCUGGCCUGGAUGCCACUCCUCGGGGGUCCAGCACUCCUUGCAGCAGCACUGUGCGUGCGGUUGGGGCCAGAUCUCCCCCGCCCCCCCGUCUGGUCUUCCUGCCAGCAGCGCAGUGCAGUGCAGGGUUGUCUUCCUGCCCUCUGAGAGUCGAACUUGGUUGCCACCCAGUAGGACUGAUGGACUGCCAGUUGAGGAAACAGCCCAGUGGGUGGAGCAUUCCUGGUGCACCCACCAUACCCAGCAGAAGAGGCCUCUGCUCUCUGGCUUCCCGGAUGCGUUGGUGUGCCAAACGGGAGUGCAGGACAUUCAGAGCCUGAUCUGGGUGGAAGCGACGCCAUGAGAAGGGACUGCAGGUUCAGGCAUCAGGCCGUAUCAUCCCCUGCCAAAUGCCCAUGAGUUUCCAAAUCGACUUCCUGGACAACUUUUCUCUCCAAGCACUUAACUUUUGCAUACCAUGUCUGAUGCUCUGUGUAGUGAUGUCUUACCCUCAGCCAUCUAGCUCUCUGCCUUCUCCACUUUAAGCUUCAGGGCUGGGGUUUAAAGAUUGGGCCCAAUCCACCCAAGCAUGAAUGGUUUGCAGUCUUUUUGUCUAUUCUUGUGCAUAUCUAAUUCAAUCCAAUAUGGCUUCUGGGAACUAAAUCCAGAAUUGGUCAAUGAGUCAAUCUGCUGAAAUCAGUGGCACUUAGAAUUAGCCGUGACUGACUUUGCUUGUUUGAUUUUCAGUGGGUCUGCUCUUAAGUAUGACCAGAUCUGGAUCUAACCCAAAGAGUUUUGCUUUGGCUGAAUCAUGUCCAAUAAUUACAGCAAGGCUCAAGCCCAGCCUUAAUGAUUUGGUUUAGCAGACACUUACUUCCCUUCUGCAAAACCUGCAACCCUUCUUGCGUUUGGCUAUAAUGGGAAGCCAGAUUUUUGCUUUUGCUUUUGCUUUUGCUUUUGCUUUUGCUUUGCUUUGCUUUGCAUUUGGUGGGUGGGUGAGAAUGGGAGCCAUCCAAAUAACCGAGAGGGGAAAAAUGACUCGGGGGAAUUUGUAACCGAAAUUAUUCCUGGUGAGCUUAUUCCUCAUCUGAUAGAUGCUCUACCAAUGAAUCAAUAAAAAGAUUUUUUAGGAAAAGGGCCA